AGCCUCGGGCUGCCCCACGCAGGUGACUGCCAACAGCCAGCCCAAUGCCGAAUCCAAAAGUGUACCACAGACUUUGUGUCCCUGACUUCACACCUGAACUCUGCCAUUGACGGCUUUGACUCUGAGUUUUGCAAGGCACUGCGUGCCUAUGCUGGCUGCACCCAGCGAACUUCAAAAGCCUGCCGUGGCAAUCUAGUAUACCAUUCUGCUGUGUUAGGUAUCAGUGACCUCAUGAGCCAGAGGAACUGCUCCAAGGAUGGACCCACAUCUUCUACCAACCCGGAAGUGACCCAUGAUCCUUGUAAUUAUCACAGCCACACAGGAGCCAGAGAACACAGGGGAGGGGACCAGAUCCCUCCCAACUUCCUUUUCUGUGGCUUGUUUGGAGAUCCUCACCUUAGAACUUUCAAGGAUCACUUCCAAACAUGCAAAGUAGAAGGUGCCUGGCCACUCAUUGAUAAUAAUUAUCUUUCAGUUCAAGUGACAAAUGUACCCGUAGUUCCUGGAUCCAGUGCUACUGCUACAAACAAGAUCACCAUCAUCUUCAAAGCGCACCAUGAGUGUACUGACCAGAAAGUGUACCAAGCUGUGACAGACGACCUGCCAGCUGCCUUUGUGGAUGGCACCACCAGUGGUGGGGAUGGCGAAACCAAGAGCCUCCAUAUCGUAGAGAGGGAGAGCGGGCGGUACGUGGAGAUGCACGCCCGUUACAUAGGCACCACCGUGUUUGUAAGACAGCUGGGUCGUUAUCUGACCCUUGCCAUUCGAAUGCCAGAGGAGCUGGCCAUGUCCUAUGAGGAAAGCCAGGACCUGCAGUUGUGUGUGAACGGUUGCCCUCUGAGCGAGCGCAUUGAUGACGGGCAGGGCCAGGUGUCUGCCAUCAUAGGGCACAGUCUGCCUCACACCUCCUUGGUGCAAGCCUGGCCAGGUUACACACUGGAAACUGCCAACUCUCAGUGUCAUGAGAAGAUGCCUGUGAAGGACAUCUACUUCCAGUCCUGUGUCUUUGACCUGCUCACCACCGGUGAUGCCAACUUCACUGCCGCAGCCCACAGUGCCUUGGAGGACGUGGAGGCGCUGCACCCGAGGAAGGAACGCUGGCACAUCUUCCCCAGCAGCAGCAACGGGACUCCGCGCAGAGGCAGCAGCCCGCCUGGCAGCCUGGGACUCACAUGCCUCAUCCUUCUCGUGUUUUUGUAGGGUUGGUCGUCGGUUUUUGUUUUGGUUUUGUUGUUGUGGUUGUUUUUAUCUAUAACAAAGUUUUAAAAUAUAUAUUGUCAUAAUAUAUUGAGUGAAAGAGUAUAUAUGUAUAUACCAUGUAUAUGACAGGAUGUUUGUCCUGGACACCACCAGAUUGUACAUAGGCGUUUGGCUGUUUUCACAUAACGUUGGAUGUAGUGUUCUUUUGCUUGUAUCAAUUUUGUUUUGCAGUUUUGUGAAAUGUUUUAUAAUGUCCCUGCCUAGGGACCUGUUAGAAAGCACUUUAUUUUUUAUAUAUUAAAUAUUUAUGUGUGUACCUGGUUACUAUGUAUACUACACAUACAAAGACACCAUACACAGCAUUCCCUUUGCAGGUGACCAGUUGUUUGUAGCUAUUCUGGCUGUUCCCCAUUGCCCUUCCCAUUGCUACUGAUCUGUCACCAGCCACGUCCUGGUGGAGUGGCCUCCUUCCCUCUGAAGGGCGUCUUUACCCCUUCUGCCCUCUCGAGAGGACAGUUAUCUCUUCCACUGUAAGUGCUUUUGACUCUCACACACUGAGCCCCAUAAGGAGUCCUCUUAACAGCUGUCUCUUUUUCAGAAUGCAGAAGGAUGUCACUGCAAUCUUUGCUCCUCUCGAUGCUGCUUGUCCAUAUGAACACCCAUGGUAUUUCAGGUUGACGCAUCUGAAACCACUAUUACUGUAGGAAUAAAAAGGUCUGGUGAUGGCAAUGUGAUAGGGUAAAUACCAGGCUUCUUGUCAACUUCAGUAGAGCUCUUAGACUUUAUUUCCCUCUGUGCCCUGGCUUAAAUUGUAACUUUUUUCUCUUUUAACUACUCAUCAUUAAACAAAACAGGAAAUCAUACAUUUACUAAUGGAACCAUGCCUUGUUUUUGCCACUGUAAUUCAUGGAGGCCCAUAUGUGCUUCAUUUUUUUUCUUUGGCUAUUUGGGCCUCAAGCACCAUUGCGUGUGUCCACCCCCAGGAAGCCCUUCUCAACCAAGGACUGGACUCUGCUAGUUUUUCUGAUAUGGAGGCCCAGACCUUAUCACAAAGCUCUCCAGUCUUCCUUGCAUUUCCCUCUCUUGUCUUCCUCACAGUCCUCGGCCUGUGUCUAUGCAUCAUGACAUAGUAGAGCACUUAGGACAGAAAAUCUUCCUUGACCUGACUUGGUGAGCACUUAACUGUGCAUGCUCACUAGUCCUGGUGUUCUUGCUGAAUAUUGCGUGUCCCAAAUAGUUUUUCCCUCCUUAGAUUUCUCCCUCUUAACCGUAAUUGGAUAUCAGUUGUUUAGGUUGUUUAGUGAAAUCCCUCAGAAGUAAAAUGAUCUUGAUUUUUCACAUCCAUUGCUGACGUCCCUUGCAAAAGGGAAAUAACAAGAAAAGGAAGCGAGAAUAACAAAGUUAACUUCAGAAUAGGUAGGCUUAGGUUGUGACAUCUAAAUGUAAAUGUUCAGCUUGAAAAGGUGAUGCAAUUUGUACUUUUCAUAAUUUUAGCUUAAUGUAGACCAAAAUAAUGUUUUCAUUUUGGCUCAUCCAUGCCUUUUGCCUAUUGACCAGUGGCACUGGCAGAAGCCCAGGCUGGCAGCAAAGAAAUCUGUCAUUUUAUGACAUUCUACUUCACAUACCAGUACAAAAUUCACUGGUGGAAUUGUGAGUUCAUCUCAAGGUCCAAGCCUCUGUGAUGAUGGUAGAAUAAUCUUAGCCAGCUUGGUAGAAAAAAAUGAAGGCACCCUGAUUCUUACUCUGAAAAGGUUCAACUCCAAAGAGGUGGAACUUAACUCUGAAAUAUCCUUUAAAAUCCUAUUACGGAAGCUAGAUUAGGACUCACCUACCAUGAGCUGUGAACCAUAGCUGCCUUUAUUCACCGGUAGAGCCACGUGCCAAGUUCAGAAGCCGUCGUGAGCUAGCAGCUUUGUCUCAUAACUGAGUAAAAUAGGAGGGAAAAUAUAGAGGAUAAUUUUAGCCACUGUAUGUGUACAAAUUGUGUAAAAGAAGUAAAAUCAAUGAUAGACUUUUCUAUGUCCUUUUCAGAGUGAACCAAACAACCCCCUCUCAUAGUUGGGAAAACAAAACUGGGUUGUAUUGUGUGUCCUUUAACUGGAAAAUGCAUAAAGAGCACCAUGCAUUGCUAGCAUUAGUGGCAAUCUGCUGACUUGAUUCUCCCUUUAUCAUUGUCUUUGUAAAAAACGUUUCAGUCCCCAAGAUAACUUGGAGAUACAAGCCUUUCUCAAGAUAAGGACUGGGUUUGGUUUUUGUAGGUCCUAGAGAAAAUGUUGUGUACGUGUUGUUCCAGGAUACCCUUCUUAACCAAGAUAAUGGCAACACGUGGAUAGGCUGUAGCUGUUAACGAGUCUCCCAGGAGAGCUUAAAGCAUGGGGGAAACACUGGGUUUUGCAGAUGCUCCACAGGGCUGUCUUUAAAAGACUCAAAAUUUUUGUCCUCCAUUGUGCUUGAAAACCCCUCUUUACCCCAGUGUGUUGAGUCUUUAGAAAGAAAUCUUUAGAUGUGGUUCAUAGGAAUAUGAAUAAGUAUCUGUAAGACAGUGUGCAGUGUGUAAAUACUUUAAAUUAUUAUACUAGAAAAAUAAAAGUUACCUACCAUGCUGUGGAA